AUGGAGCAUGGAAUUUGGAAACACAGGCCAAUGCACCAGCUGCAGUCCCUGCAGGCGUCUCUGGAGUGUGCUGUGGACACCGUGGAGGAGCAGUCAGGACGGGAGAGAAAGGACAUAAAGAAAUCUGAGACUUCAGUUAGCCUGAGGUCAGGGAGACGCUGUGGGCGCAGAGGACAGAAGAAUGUCUGCCUGUCUCCAACAGAUCCCUAUUCUGGGAUGCUGACAACAGGUGUCUGUGUUGAGGACAAUAGCCAGUGGAUGGCUCAGAUCAACAGGCUCCAGCAGCUCAUCGAGAAGCUGGAGUGCAAGAGCCCACGCCUGGAGCCGCUGAAGGAGGAAGCAAUGUGCAAAGGACAAGAUGCACACAUCCUGGUGGCCAAGAGGCAGAUCUCGGUGGCCACGAACAGCAUCGAGGAGUUCCGGCAGGCGUUCCGGUCCUACACGGAGGGCACCGCUGGGCACAGCAGCUGCCUGCACGUCUCUGCCUGCAAGCUGACGGACGAGGCCUGCUUCAUCCUCUACGAGUUCUGGCAGGACGUGACCUCGUGGAGAAGCCACUUGCAGUCCAGCUGCAGCAAGACUUUCCAGCAGUCCAUCAUCAGCUUGCUGGAGUCCCCGGAGCUGCUGACCACCAUGCUCUUCCCAGCUUCCUGGUGGAUCAUGAACAACAACUGA